AAACGGCCCAAACCCUAAGUCCACUGAAGCCUUUAAAUUACCAUUUUAGCCUCACACUCUUCGGCCUAGUAUAUAUAUUACGCCAAAACCCUAAUUUCGGUUCAUCACCCGCCCGCCUCAACACUCUUUCAGCAGAUCCACCAAAAAUCAAAAGGGGAUGGCGCCGCCGAACACAGGAUUAGCAGUGGGAUUGAACAAAGGACACAUUGUUACCAAGAAGGAGCUAGCUCCACGCCCUUCUGACAGAAAAGGGAAAACAAGCAAGAGAAUCCACUUCGUCAGGAGUCUCAUCAGAGAAGUUGCUGGAUUUGCUCCAUAUGAGAAGAGGAUUACUGAGCUUCUUAAAGUUGGCAAAGACAAGCGUGCAUUGAAGGUAGCCAAGAGAAAGUUGGGUACUCACAAGAGGGCAAAGAAGAAGAGAGAGGAGAUGUCUAGCGUUCUCCGUAAGAUGAGGGCCACUGGAGGUGCCGAAAAGAAGAAGUGAAGCCUUUUUCCCCUCAUUUUGAUGAUUGAGGAACUGAUUUCAUUAGUUAUACAUUAUCUUUUUGGUUUAGCUAUGAAAUUCUCUUAAGACUCGGUGACGAACUAUGGGUUUGAAUUUUGUUUAAGAUUGUGACUUUUGCUCUA